AAGUUAGAGAUUCCUCCUUUUACAUUGUCUGCAAACAUUCAGAACUUCUAAUAAAAUGCUAAAUUUGAGCCUUUAACGGCAGCUGCUGUGUGUUUGGAAUCUGAUUUCAGUAAAGCAUCACCGUCAGUCCUAAAAAUAACUGAGCGAAUGGCAGGCAGUCUGUCCCAAUGACACAGCAAAAACUUUUGGGCAUGCUGUUUACUCCAUGUUGAUCCCAUCAGCUGCUCGGCUACAGACGCACUUUUUACUGGAAGGAUGAGCACUGGUUUCCAUUCUCUGCUUCAUUGGUGAGCACUACGCUUGGUUGCUGAUUAUCGGAUCAGUGCAAGACGGCUUGAACGGCAUUUAAAAGAUAGUUGACUAUGGUACGUAAUGUGGAUGACCUGGACUUCUGCCUGUCCUCCCAUCCUCAGAGCAUCCUGGAUGGUUUGCGUUCCCUCUGUUCUCACCCCAAACUAGUUGAUGUCACGUUGAGCGCGGGUGGACGGGACUUCCCCUGUCACCGUGGUGUGUUGGCGCUCUGCAGCACGUACUUCCACUGCAUGUUUUUAGGUGACUUUGUGGAGAGCAUAGCUGCACGUGUGGAGCUUCACAGUGUUGAUCCUGAUAUCCUGAGCUCCUUGCUGGACUUUGCCUACACAGGCAAACUAACAAUCAACCAAAAUAAUGUGGAAGGUUUAAUCCGCACAUCUAGUCAGCUGCAGUUUCAGACGGUGAGAGCCGUCUGUAGCCGAUACCUCCAGCACCAAAUCGAUGCAACCAACUGUUUAGGAAUCCUUGAGUUUGGGGAGAUCUACGGCUGUCCAGAGGUGGUAGCUAAAGCAUGGGCUUUCCUCUUGGAGAAUUUUGAGGGCGUACAGCAAGGUGAGGAGUUCCUUGAGUUAGAAAAAGACCGGUUGGUUGCCUGUUUGUCUAAUGAAGGACUACAAAUCCGGACAGAGUGCACUCGUGUAGAGGCCAUCUUGAAAUGGGUCAGGCACGAUGCCGAGUCUCGGCUGUGCUACCUCCCUGACCUCCUGAACAUGUCACACCUUGCUCUGCUCAGCUUGGAUUAUCUGGCUGACAAACUGCUGAAGGACAGUCUGAUGCAGGCUUCUCCCGCCUGCAGGGCCGUGGUGGAAAGUAUUCACAGAGAGAAGAUGAAUUUUGUGCCAGAAUAUAUGGAUCAAGUCAACUCUCAGAGUCCCCAACAGAACCUGCAAGAGGUUCUGUUUGUGAUGGGAGGCCGUUCACUGGACGACUCCAAUGACUCUGACGAUGAAGACGAAGACCAGGACAGCGAUCCAAGGCUGCCUCCUCAGAACUGUGGCUUCUACAACACCAAGACGAAGCAGUGGCAUGUGCUGCCUAACUUCCCCAAUCGUAACAAGUGGGGAUACUCCAUGGUCUCUCUCAACAAUGAUGUGUAUGUAACAGGCGGCUCACGAGGUUCAAAUACCAACACCUGGUCGACCACAGAGACCUGGAAGUUCAUCACUCGAGAGGGGCGGUGGCUUACUGUGGCACCGAUGCUCCGGCCUCGAACCAACCACACAUGUGCAACGCUCAACGGAGAGAUUUACGUCAUUGGAGGAACAACGUCGGACCGUGUCGAGGUUGAGCACUAUGACCCUUACAGUGAUUCGUGGGCUUUGGCAUGUCCUGCCUUAAAAUAUGUGACAAACUUCACCGCUGCUGCUUCUCAAGGGAAACUCUAUGUGAUUGGCUCGUGUGCAGUGAAAUACAACGCUUUGACCAUGCAGUGCUACAACCCCGCCAUAGAUAACUGGAGCAGUAUCUGCUCACCAUUUAUCCCAAAAUAUUUGUCCUCUCCUCGUUCCGUUUGUGUGGAUGGGAUUAUAUAUGUGGUUGCAGACAACACUAAGAAAGUCUACUCCUAUGAUCCUGAGGCCAACAUGUGGCAGAAGGUCCAGUUUCUUCACAUGCUCCAUGAAUACGGUGGUCUGGUAACGCUGGACAGGAAGCUGUUUGUGACAGGAGGCCACUGGAAAGGUAUGGAGGGUGACUAUGGGGUGGAAGUGGAAGCAUACAAUCGAGUGUCCAACACCUGGGAAGUGGAGUCCUUCCUGCCAAGACUGUGGUUCUACAGUGGAGUCUGCACUGUCUUCUUAGACCCAUUCCAGUGGCCUGAGCUUUUCUCCGUAGACUCAACGUGAUGCCCUUCUAUCCUGAUGGACUUUAUGCAGGGUUGAAGAGUUCACACGGACAAGGUCAUGCUUUGUGU